CUUCCCUCCGCUGUCCUCCGCCGCCGCACCCGCCGCGCCCGCAUGGCCACCCUAAUCCUCCUUCUGCUCAUCCUCCCCUCCAUCCUCCUGCUCCCCUUCUAUACCAUCUACAAACCGCCCUCGUCUUUGAUCCGGUACUUUUCGCAACGGUGGACCGACGUCCUCUGGCGCCUUUGGUUGCCGCCGCACCGCAAGAUCGUGGCCCUGACCAUUGACGAUGCGCCGUCCGAUCACACGAGAGAGAUCCUCGCGGCAUUGAAAGCGGGCGGGGUGCAUGCGACGUUUUUUGUCAUUGGAGGCCAGGUGCGGGGGAGGGAGGAGAUCUUGAGGGAGAUUGUGAGGCAAGGGCAUGAAUUGGGGAAUCACGGGAUGCAUGAUGAGAUGGCGAGGGAGCUGGCGGAUGAGGAGCUGGAGAGGCAGAUGAAGGAGGUGGAGGGGUUGAUUCGAGAGGCUUACGAGGCUGAGGGGAGGGUGUGGCCUGUCAUCGAGGGCAAAUAUUACCGGCCUGGAUCAGGGUUCUUUAGCGAGAGGAUGUUGAGUCUGGUGAGGAAACUGGGGUAUCGAUUGGUUUUGGGGAGCAUAUAUCCACAUGAUGCCCAGAUUGGGUAUGCCUGGUUGAAUGCGAGGCAUAUCCUCAGUAUGCUGAGCCCCGGGGGAAUUAUUAUCUGUCAUGAUCGGAGGAGUUGGACGCCGCCCAUGUUGAGGAAGGUGUUGCCGGAGAUGCAGAGGAGGGGGUAUAAAGCUGUGACGGUGUCGCAGCUUUUGGAGGAGGCGACGGGGUAAACAUAUUGUCGGAUGGGGAUUGUUGGAAUUACUAGACUAUAUUGCAUGUCGGCGUUAGGGAAAAGGUGCGGUGAAAUCAUUUUGGGUGGGAAUAGUUAUCACUGAAACCACUUCGCAGUGAAUAAUGGUAUUGCAUUUUGCGGCCAUCUCGCUGGGAGUGUCAAAAGCAAGACUC